GCCAUGUGGGUCCCUGGGAUUGAACCUGGGUGGUCAGGCGUGUGUCUUUACCCAGAAGGCCAUCUCACCAGCCUCCAAGGCCCAGUUUAGAUCCCCAGCAUUGGAGAGCGGAGGCAGGAGGAUUGGGAGGUUAAGGUUAUCCUCAGCUACGCCGUGAGUUCACGGCGAGGCUGUAUGGAGCCUUGUUUCAAAUAAGAAAGACCCAAAGAAGGGGGAAGUCUGUGCAUUUGCAUGCUGGUUUGCACUUGAGCCCGAGAGUGACCGUAAAUACUAUUACAGUGGAGAACACUGGGGCAAAGGUGGGUGUGUGUUCACAGAUGGUGAUAAGCUGGGCGGGGCCUAGCAAGAACAGUCUGUUCAGGUUCUCCCCUGCCCUGAUGUCAGGGGCAAGCAUAGAGUGAGGGGCUCAGGCCUGGCUUCAUGGGAGAAAGGUGGGGUAAAAAGAGGGGGGUCUUCCUGUCUCUGCUACCUUCCCAGAUGUCUAGAAUGGAUGUCCUGGACCCCAUUAGUGUAGUAGCUAAAUUCACUUGGACGUGGGUGUCUGGGCUUGCCUGUCUUUUCCAUCUGCUGGCUGCCGGCCUGAGCAGGCUACCGGUCCUGCCCACGGGGCCACACCACCUGCCUGCUGGUGUACAACCAACCCUGUAAUUUUCUAUAAAGGCUAAAGUCCCAGAGCGGGCACCUUGAUAAGGUGCCGCACAUACUUCUGGUAGGGGAAUGCGGUUUAUCAGGAAGGAACUCUUGGCUCCAGCCCUGGGCAGCCACCCAAGGCAGCCAAUGCCACAGGUAAGGCCCAGCAGCAAGGGAGGAGCAGCUAGGACUACCCAGAGACUGGUGUGCCUGCCAGGAGGUGCCAGGAGCCUGGGCCUCUCGGACUGGGCCAGGCAGGGCACUGGACCAACUGCAACCUUUAGGAUCCACAGGCCUCCGGCUCAAGCAGUCGGACUUACUCUUGAGCUGUUACCUCUGGCCUCGGCAGAAGGAAUACAUCUAGUGUGGAGACAAAGGGCACUCAGCAAGGGUGUGUCAGGAAAAGAGAAGUCCAGGGGUUACGGCAAAGUCUGAGGUAACUGGGGCUACCGAUGUCACCCGCCUUCUUCUCCCCACUUCUCACUUCGGCACGGCUGCUGGCUGGAAGAGGUCCUCAGAUCAGCACCUCCUGGUUCCCAUUUUAUAACUUGGGUACCCCGGAGGUAAAGAAGACCAAAGGAUCUGAGUGAGGCCGCCUUGCUGCAGCGGGUCUACUGUGAGCCACGAGACAUCGUGGGGAAAGUCCCGGAUAUCGUCAUGCGUGACAGCCUCUAAUUAAUCAUCAACCCUGUAACGUGAUCUCUAGCCUAUAAAAAGGGAACCUUCAGAGUCUCAUAAACCUGACCACUGGCCUUCACAGACAUCUCCAGAACCGAGGACUUGUGUCCCAGGAGGAGCCCAGACUAAUGGGUGCCCGCCUCAGUCCUGAGGCCAACGCUGAGGUGCCCCGCGAGGCUCUUAGUUUCCACGGGGAUGCCACCGGCUCGCAGGUGCAUCUGGAUGACCUGCGGAGCACCGCGCGUAGGCGCUCCACGUUCCACGAUGGCAUCGUGUUCAGCCAGCGGCCCGUGUGGCCCGGCGAGCGUGUAGCGCUGCGCGUGCUGAGACACGAGGCCGGCUGGUGCGGUGGCCUCCGCGUGGGCUUCACGCGCCUGGACCCUGCGCACGUGGCCCCGGCCUGCCUGCCCCCCUUCGUGUGCCCCGACCUAGAGGAGCAGAGCCCCACGUGGGCGGCGUUGCUUCCAGAGGGCUUCGUUCGCGCGGGGAAUGUGGUCUGCUUCUGGGUGAACCGCCGAGGCUGGCUCUUCGCCAAGGUCAACGCUGGCCGCCCCCUCUUGCUGCGCAAAGACGUGCUGGCCCAGGGCGCCCCGCUCUGGGCGGUGAUGGAUGUGUACGGGACCACAAAAGCCAUCGAGCUGCUGGAUCCCAAAGCUGAUGCCUGGAUCACCAACGGGGAGGCAGUGCCACAGUCUGAAGUCACGUCAGGAGAGGAGUGUGUCAUCUGCUUCCACAACACUGCCAACACCCGCCUCAUGCCCUGCGGCCACUCACACUUCUGCAGCGCCUGUGCCUGGCAUGUCUUCAAAGACACGGCCAAGUGCCCCAUGUGCCGAUGGCAGAUUGAGGAGGUGGCUGUCGCAACUUCAACGAAGACUGGAGAAGGCUCCUGAAGAGAUGGGACCUGGCUCUGAGCCAGGCCCCUGCAAAAGGAGAAACCUCUGUCUAGACGUGGGUCAGCGAGCAUGGUCACAGGCCACCAAGCCUGAUCUUGGGUCAGCAAGCCUUGUUAGCCUCGAGGGAGGCUCAGUGACUCUUUCCUCAGCCACAAGUUCGGAAGAGGUUGAUAUGGCAAAGAGAAGUCUCUCUGGCCACUUUGGGAAACCCCCAGUGUAGCAGGGGCAGCCUGAGCCCUCAAGUUACAGCUGAGGACGUGAAGGGACGGGUCCGUGUCUGGCAGAAGCGUCAGAAGCAGGGACACAGAACAUGGUGAUUUUCUUGUCGAUUUGUAAGAUAAUCAGAAUAAAGUUUGUUUUUGUAUUGAU